GCAAACGCGAUUUUACGCGACAGCAUACAGAGAAAGAGCCCAGUAUGAUCCGUCUACGGGCUGUAGACACGCUGCUAAGCAGCGCUACUAUUCCUCAUAGGACAUUAUCAAGAUGUUUCCUCCAUCGCCAAAUAGAGACGAAUUUUCAAUUAGUGCCACGCUUGGGUUCUAGCAGACCGAACCAUGUCCCCCAACACCCUACAAUAAGGAGACCAUUCUCCCACACAACAUGUCGGAAGAGGAGGAACAGGAAUGAGAACACACCGCCCGCCGCACCAGCCACAACCGACGAGGGCGAGCUAAAGCCAGAGCCGAUCAUCAAUCCCUACGACUUCACGGAUCUGCACGAUGCCUACCGCGCUCUCGAGAAGCGCUUCGUCGACGAGCUGAAGCAGCUGCGCAGCGGGGGCAAGGGCUUUGCCGAGGCCAUUGGCGCGGUGCCCGUGCGGGUGGACAAGAAGUCGCCGCAGGUGUUCCCGCUGCGCGAGCUGGCGACGGUGGCGCCGCUGGGCGGGAGGAGGUGGAGCAUCCUGGCCUUCGAGGAGUCGUCAGUCAAGCCCAUCAUGAGCGCGGUGCAGCGGUCCGACCACUUCAACCAGCAGCCGCAGCGGUCCGAGGACAACCCGCUCGAGCUGGUCAUGACGGUCGAGCCAGAGCGCGCCGACGCCCUCUCGCGGCGCGCCAUGGACAUCUGCAAUGCGUGGCGCAACCGGGUGCGCGAGGAAACGCAUAACCGCGGCGAGAAGACAAAGAAGUACUACCGGCAACGGCGCAUCACGAGCGACGAUUUGCACCGGCUGAAGGAGAAGGCGAAGAAGUUCCAGGACGAGCAGAUGAAGAUCAUCCAGGCGAAGGAGAAGGAGGUGGUGCAGCUUAUCAUGGCGAGGUCGAGCUGAAGUGGAUUGGGAAUGACGCCGGGAAACGCCACAAGGUGCAAACGGAGCCGAGCAUGGCACGGGCAAGGGUAUGUAUAAAAUAGAACCAAGGUAAACCGUCUGUAUAUGGAUAGAUGCCUUUGUACAAUAC